CUUUCCGUGGGAGGCCGAGUUAGUAUAUGAGGUCCAGGUCUUCAGUAGCAUCCCCCAAGAGUUGCAGUGUACCUAGAGCAUCAACAGCAGAGGUGUGACAGAGAACAGAACUCAACUAGGAUAGACAACAGGGCAACAGUUUGAACUACACCAACAGGCAACUUUAAGAUUUACUAGACGUUUAAAGAAAAACUUUAGCAAGACAUUUCAAAGUGAAUUCAAACUUACACACACACACAGCAACCAAAUGGAACUCACACUUUUGCAAGCAACGGUCACUCUGGCAGUACUUGUACUCGUCGGAGGAGAGAAACAAACACAAAAGCCCUACAUCGCCUUUCCAAGAAUGGGAAGAUCAGAAAUACAGAAGAAACCACAGCUGCCAUUGAAUUUCAUUGUGCCCAGAAAACGGGCAAUGCCCAAAGGAUUUAUAAUUCCCAGAAAACGGGCAGAAGAUGACAAUGGUUACCUCGCUUUUCCGAGAAUGGGCAGAUCGCAACUGAAGCCGGAGACUUUCUUUGACAACGGCGCAUGCUGUGGGGUUGGAGUCAAAGCGGAAUAUUUCGUUAGCCAAGAUGGAAAGGAAGUCAUUCGAUCGUCAUGCGCACCGCAUCUCGUCUGCUGUGAAGGUCUAAGGGAGAUCAAUGAUGAGAAAACCGACGGAGUCUACUUCUCCCUAUGUAUUCCAGAUACUCCAUUAGCUGAAGAGUCAGGUGUUCGCUCUUCAGAAAUUCUGAGCAGUUUAAAACGUCUCCUGGAGAAGUAAUGUGUUGAUUUGUUUUGUUUCUAUUUGCUCAGAUAAACUUUUGACUUUUUAGAUUAUAUCCACAUGACUCUUUUAUUUCUGUCACAUAGACCUGACAAAUAGUUUGAUGCUCACACAUCCACACACAUUUCUACACUCCUACACAUCCACACAUAUUUCCAUAGUCCCACACUCCUACACAGUCACAACCUCCACACACAUUUUCAUACAUAUUCAUAUCCACACCUAAAGAAAAAAUACAACUACACUAACUCAAAUUGCAAUAAGUUAUUGUUCUGGGAAUACGCGCUAAAAAUAAAUAAAUGAAUUUAUAAUAA